AUGUCUGGUGCAUCAGAUAAGAAAAUAAUCGCUGCCAACAAACAAAUUCUCAAGAACUUGCUCAUUGGUGAAGUUGUAUCAAUGGUCCCUGUCCUAACGCUGCUGGCAUUCCAACGCUAUACCCUGUUAAGUCUUGUGUACCUUUUUGUCGAGCUACUGGCUAUACUUCUACUGUACAAAUUUUCAAAAGCAAAAAUUGUCGAUUCUCGGGCCGUUCCGUGUGCAAAUCUCGGUGACAAAGGUGUUAUUGGCCUGUUAUUCGAUUUAGUGUACCUGUGCUGGAUAGGAAAAUUGGUAGUUAUUUUUUUCCGGUGGUCCAUUCUCUUUACCUUGGUUAUGUUUGGUGCGUGUGUGUACUACGAGAUUGUUGGCAGGCACAGAAAAACAUAGCAUAUAGGGACCUUGGUUGAAUUAUUUGGCUUAUUAAACGCUGUUACCUACACCAUUAAUAUUCAUUUGGACUCACA